GUCUUCCUUAUCUCUUUUUGAUGAAUUACCUUUUAGUAGAAUUGUUAGGUAUUUUUUCCCAGAAAUGACUGAAAGAAAUGAGUGAGUCAUGUUUCUGAUGACAUGACUGUGUGUCUGAAAAGCCUUGUGUAGGCUGAGUUAGUCAAACAAGAGUUGUGGCUUUCAUUUACUUUGGACGUAUUCAUUCAUAUUCAUAUAUUUAGCUAGCCAUAAAUUCUCCAUCACAUCACACACAAUAAACCCUGUAUUUAAAGUUCACUUGUAGCUUUAUUAAAUGCAGCUAGAGAUGUUGAUCUAAUAACCAAGUAAGGUCACAUCUUCCCUGAUCACUGGAGCGAGACAGUCAACCCGGUUGCUUGGAGACGGAGUACAGUGAACGCGCUUGGCGUAACUCUAUCCAGAGAAGACAUUGGGAUCGAACUUCACUCUUCCAGCAUGUGCUAUCUAGCAUUUGAGAUCGUUUUAUAGCAUUCUUGGUUUUAGACAUGAGGGGAAAUCGACAUCAGCACAAUGUCCUUUUUCCACGUUAUCGCUGUUGCGCGUAAUCGUGUGGAUAUCCAUUGAUUACUGUGGCUGUGCGUCGCCAAACACAAUGGCUAACCUUCAAAAGAAAAUUAUAUUCUCUGUUUCUGGCGUGCUUUGCUUUGGUUGUGUGCUGGUCGUGGCGGCCGCGAUGGGGACGCAGUUUUGGGUUCAAGCUGCGGUUCUGUGCAAGACGGGCGCGCAGAUCGUCAACGCGUCCGGAGCAGAGCUGGAGAAAUUCAUCGGCAGGACGAACUACGGACUUUUCCGCGGCCAGGGGAUGAAACAGUGUGGUCUGGGAGACAGACCCUUUUAUUUCUCUUUUUUCCCUGACCUGAUGGAUGUGGUCCCAGCCAGUCUGCAUGUGAGCGUGAUCUUCUUCUGCGCAGUGCUCAUCGUCUUCUCCUCAGUGUCCUGUGCCUUCUUCUUUUACAAUGCUUUCGGAAGCCCAUAUGAGACGCUGCAUGGACCCCAGGGCCUUUACCUCUGGAACAUGAUAAGCUGUUUCUGUGCCUGCAUGAUCCUCAUCCUGUUCUCCUCGGAGGUCAAACUGCACCACCUGACCGAGAUCAUUUUCAACUUCAACGAGGCCAGUUUUGUCUACAAGACACAAAACGAGAGAUACGACAGAUCCUUCUGGCUCAUCUUCCUCACCUUCCUCAUGCACGGCCUCAACAUCUUGCUCAUCCGCCUUGCUGGGAUCCAGUUCCCCUUUCAGGAGGCCAAAGAGUCUGAUGCGAGCACAGGAGCGGCGGAUCUCAUGUACUGACCAGCUCUUUUGUUCUACUUCCUCCCCUGCACACGACAUCCUACCGCAGCGACUAGCACUUCUCAAUAGGAGUCUUCCUGCGAGCUGCAUCCGUUUUAUUUACAGCUGAACACAUCUGAGCCUCUUAAGCUAUUGAGACCAUGUGUGGUGAUGAACUUGGAGAUGGCCGUGUGUUUGGAGAGAAGGGUUCUUAUCUCGCAGUGGGGAGGCGGGAGUGAGGCUGAUGAAGCAUUCAUUCUGUCAAUCACUCAAACAAUUAACGCUCACCAUUUCAAACGGCUGAUGAAAACACCCUGUAGUUUCCAGUCUGGCUGGGGACAUGACAGCUUCUUUGGUUGUGGAUCUUUUAUAAUCCAGUUGUGGCACAAAGGGAUGUGACAAUUGGCAAUUCUACACUUACCCCAGAAAGUUUUGACACUUAAGCCACACUUAAAUAUGUAUGAAUGUCUUUGCAUUAGAUGAUAAAAUGUUAAACCAAGCUCCAUUUGUUUUAAAAACAGUACAUGCACACUUUUUGAACAGAACAUUGCACAAAAAAAAGUUUGACUUCAUACAUCCACUAAAAAUCACAAGAUGUUUAAAAGUGUUAGCAAAAAAUGGCUAAAACAAUUAA